AUGUUUUUAGCAGAAACAAAGACUGAAACGAAUCAAGAUGAAAGCGCAGUUCCAAAAGAUCCACUAACACUAUAUGGCGAAAUUGUGAUUAAAUCGGACGAAGAAAUCAAAAGCUUAUUAAGGUAUAAAAAGAAGGUAAGGGCGGCAAUAGGGGGGCUAUUCAUAGAAAGAAAACCUAAAGUCGAAAUGACAGAAGAAGAAAAGACGAAACGCAACAAGAAGUUGUCUAGUGCUAUUGUUGAAGGGAGAUGGGAUGACGUAGAAUCCAUGAUAAAUGAAGACGAAGAUGUAAUCACAGAGGCAAUCGACAGUGAUGGCAACAGCAUACUUCAUAUAGUAGUUGGGAUAGGUCACAAUUCUUUUGUGAGUGAGAUGUUAUCGAAAAUCAAAGAUAUAAAAUUACGUGAAAUGAGAAAUAAAAAUGGAAGCACAGCCCUUCACAUUGCUGCAAUUGUCGGAAACACAGAAGGAGCAAAGCUCUUGAUUAAAAGAAAGAAAAAUUUGUUGGCAACAGAAGACAAUAAACAUGAAACACCUUUGCAUAAAGCUUUUGAAAAUAUGCAUCUGGAUACCGUUGAAUACUUGUUGAAAGCUGCCGACGAAGUUGGAAGAACCGACAACAUCCCUCAACCUAUUGAUGUAAAAAAAGGCUCCAAACUUCUUGCUAAUGCUGUUUCUGCAAAACAGUUUGAUUUAGCAAAGGAGUUAAUUCAAAAGUAUCCUCAAUUUGCUGUGGAAGGCGAUGAGGUACUGAUGGCAAUAGCUAAAACCUUUCCGACUGGGCUAGACCAUUGGCAAAUACUUAUAUAUCCAAUUAAAUAUAUUGCCAAUAUCGAGAAGAAACACAGGGAACCCGAAGAAGCAAAAGAAAUUUUAAAAUUGGUAUGUGAUGAAAUCGACAAGUUAAAGACCACUGAUAAACCUCAUGAUCCUCGAUAUUACAAAAGACCAGUUCAUGAAGCAGCACGUCAAGAUGCUUAUGAGGUUGUUGACGAGAUUUUAAUGAGAUGCCCCGAAGCAAUUCGGUAUAAAGAUAAAAGUGGGUAUGACAUCGUACAGUUAGCAGUAAUGCACCGUUCAGAAAAUAUCUACGAGCUUAUCAAUAUCCUUGGGGAGCGUAGGAAUGUUUAUAGAACUAUCGAAGACUCUUCACAAAACAAUAUGUUACACUUGGUUGGAAGAUUAGCUCCCACUCAUAAACUAAAGCUUAGAACUGGUGCAGCACUACAACUACAAAGAGAGCUUCAAUGGCAUGAGCUUAUCAUAGUUGAGGGACUAGUUUGUAAAUAUAUUCAGAUUAGUUAG